AUGGACAGUGCCAUCACGUUGUGGCAAUUCCUGCUGCAACUUCUCCUGGACCAGAGCCACAAGCACCUGAUCUGCUGGACGUCCACUGACGGGGAGUUCAAACUGCUCAAGUCAGAGGAGGUGGCCAAGCUAUGGGGGCUCCGCAAGAACAAGACUAAUAUGAACUAUGACAAGCUCAGCAGAGCACUGAGAUACUACUAUGACAAGGUGCAAUACACUCUCACUACACCUACACCUACACACACAUGGCGGCAGGUAGCUUAGUGGGUAAGAGCGUUGUGCCAGUAACUGAAAGGUCGCUGGUUCUAAUCCCCGAGCCGACUAGGUGAAAAAUCUGUCGAUGUGCCCUUAAGCAAGGUACUUAACCCUAAUUGCUCCUGUAAGUCGCUCUGGAUAAGAGCGUCUGCUAAAUGUAUAAUAAAUAAAAUAAAUAAUAAUAACACUACCCAGACACUACACUAACUGUACUACACAUAAAUAACAAGACCAACAUGAACUAUGAGAAGCUGAGCAGAGCACUCAAAUACUACUAUGACAAGGUAGAAUACAAUCAUAUCACAAUACAUUCUUAUAAAAAAGGAUUCUCAAAAGGUUCUUUCAUCCAGAUUUUUUUUGGGUUCUAAGUAGCACCUUUCUUUCAAAGAGUAUCUGUAAACUUUUAAUUUGACAUUUGGGUCGAUGUGACCUUUCUCAAAACAUUACUUGAGUGAGCCCAUUUAGUGUUAAACACUCUCACAUAGGGGAAAAUCUCACUUAGUUGUUCUUCUUUUUCAACCAAAGAUCCCCACUGGCAGAUAGUUCCACUUCCACUUCCUCUUCUCACCUUAACAACAGCACAGCCAUAUACGGUGAUGCAUCUCUCAAACACAUGUAAGGGCCAUUUUGCGAUAAUUUUUGUGUGGCUUUGGUAGAAUAUAUCUAUGAUAGAAAUGUGGUGAAAUCAAAAUGGCCCCGUCAACACUGAUCAUUUAGGGUUCUGUUAUUCGUUGACAACAGAAAUAAAAAUGUAUAUUGUUGUUAUCAGCUAAUAAAUGUGUAAUAGAGCUUUUGACUAUUAAUGAAGAAAUAGGAUGUAUGAAGAAAAUACAAGGUAAAUCAGGAGGUCAUUUUAAGGUUCAACCUGCACACUAAUCCCACCCUCCUCUCUGUUCCAGAACAUCAUCAAGAAAGUGAUCGGCCAGAAGUUUGUCUACAAGUUUGUCUCGUUCCCGGAGAUCUUGAAGAUGGACCCUGCGGCGGUAGAGAUGGGCUUGACGUCCGGCAGGGUGACCCUCCACGAGGAUGACGUCAGGGACCUAGACGUAGAGGAGGAAGAGGAGGAGGAGGAGGAGGAGGCACAGCAGCAGAGGAGAGCCCUGGGGGCAGCGUUGGGGGCGGCUGCUGCGGCUCAGCAGGCUGCGUGUCGUAACGACUACCUCCGCUCUGGUCUCUACUCCUCCUUCAGCAUCAGCUCCCUCCAUCAUCCUCCAGAGGAGCUGCUCAGAGCCUUGAGGGAGAGGCAGGAAAGACAGCAGGACGAGGCCCAAUCCGGAGUCAUCCGCUUCGGGGCCGGUACCACAGAGCGAACUCCACCCUCACCCUCCCUCAUCAAGCCUUCAUCACAAUCCUUCAGCACCCACAGUCCAUCUAAACCCUCCCCCCUCCACCACCAUCACCACCGGCGCUCCCCGUCCUCCUCCCCUCCCAGCCCUAACCCCCAGCCCGGACCGGGGCGAGGAGGCUGGAGCCCAGAGGCUGAAGAGGAGGAGGGUGAGGACUCUGACCAGGGGGCCCAGCCCUUGAAUCUCUCCUCUGGACACAGAGAGAGAGAGAGGGCCCUGCAGCCUCCGGAGAAGAGGACCAGUGGUGGUAUUAGGGCUAAUGGUAGUAGUUAUGGAGACAGUGGACAUGGACUCCCACCCAAAACAAAGAAGCCCAAAGCCCUAGAGAUCUCCUCCCCUUCCCUGCUCCUGACAGGAAGUGACAUUGGCUCCAUAGCCCUUAACAGCCCCGCCCUGCCAUCCGGGUCCCUCACCCCGGCCUUCUUCACUGCACAGGUGAAUUAUACUGCUAUGUAGCUAUGUUAUAGGCUACUUGGCAGAAGCUUUUAUCCAAAGCGUAUAGUGUUGCAGUGAUUUUCUGUUUCUAUCUCAUCUGUACCGUUGCCUGCCUGGCCAUGGAGGGAUGGGCUUUAUAUUUUCUCAAUUGUCUAAAAAUAACUGAAAAAACUGACCAGCUAGAAGCCACUCUUAGAAAAAGUGUUCCAAAAGGGUUAUUUGGCUGUCCCCAUAGGAUAACCCUUUUUGGUUCCAGGUAGAACCAUUAUGGGUUCCAGGUAGAACCCUCUGUGGAAAGGGUUCUACAUAGAACCCAAAAGGGUUCUACCUGGUAUCAAAAUGGGUUCUACCUGGAACCAAAACGGGUUCUACCAGGAACCAAAAAGGGUUCUUCCGGGAACCAAAAAGGGUUCUUCAAAGGGUUUUCCUGUGGGGACAGCCGAAGAACCCUUUUAGGUUCUAGGGAUCACCUUUUUUCCCCCAAUAAUAACCUUCCAACAUGAUUGUUUUCAGUCUUUUCCAAUCAGUGUAGAUGAAGGGAAGGAGACGAGAGGACAGAUUUUUAGACAGAGGAGAAAGAGCCAUGGAUCUUAUCCAGACCUGAGGUCAUCAGUCUCCCCAAAGCCCAGCUAAAGUAGCAAGGCUCUGCCACAGGCCACAGGCCACAGUCUGGCUCUGGAAACACUUAUAGAUGAUAUGGGCCAUGGAAUAUCAUGGGCCACUCUUCAGUACAAUUUUAUUGAGCGUACUCUCUGUUAAAAAGCUGCAUUCCAACUCAAGCAGCAGUGAAAAUCCACAUCAAAAAGACACAUUUUCUACAAUGUUUUUUUUAGUUAAAAAGAUAUCAUUAUCCCAGAACAGAAAUUACACCAGAACAGAAAACUUCUGCACACAGUGAGAUACAGCCUAUACAGCAGGGAUCAUUAACUAGAUUCAGCUGCGGGCCGAUUUUUUCAUGAGCGGAUGGUCGGGGGGCCAGAACAUAAUUACAAAUAAUUUGUAGACUGCAAAUUAAAGCCCAAACAGAUAUAAUGUUUGACUAAAACAUAAUCAUUUCAAACCUUGCUUACAUUUGUAUAUGAUCACGUCUCUUUAUUAUGUGUGGGAAUACUUGGGAACAGAUUUCUUAAAUUAUAAUCACUUGGAGCUGAUUUCCUGGUGUUUUUACAGUAUUUUAUGUCCACACAAAAAAACAACCAAAAAAAAUGUUGUUUUUUUUCAGAAAUAAAGCACCCACUGGCCAAAUUCGGGCCGCCAGUUGGGGAACCCUGCUAUACAGCAACAACAGAACAAUACCAACAGUUUAUUGGUGUGCGAAGUGAGAUCAGAGGAAAAACCUGAGAUUUACAAAAAUCCUGUCCUCAUCAAGGAGAGGGAGCGAGAGAGAGAGAGAGAGAGAGAGAAAGAAAGAGAGAAAGACAGAGAAAGAGGGGAAGAGGCCCUAAUUGAUGCCAUAUGCUCCAAUCAUUCCAUUAAUAGUGAAGCGGCAGACCAGGCAGGCAGGGCGUCCCACUGCUCUGCUCCCUCCACAACACUGGCUUAUUUCUCUCCCUGGAGGUGAAUUGAUUUGAACAUAUGUUGCUCUCGAGCCUCUACAGGCGUUCCAAGGAAGGGCUGUGAUGCCUAAGGAGUGAAACCCUAAUCAACAACAAUCACCCCUCUCCCCGCUACCUCACCCCUGUAUCACCCCUGUAUCGAAAGGAGAAACCACAGAAAUGUGUUUUUGCUGUUCAUAAUAACACCAAGCUGAGGGAAAUGAACAUUUUACAUUUCAGGAUGUUUUCACAUUGAGUCACCUUAUAAAAAAGGGAAUAAUACUUUCCAAAUGUAUUAUACCUCAAGUGAAGGAGUUUUAUUUCAAACAGUGGUCAUUGCAGUUAUUAUCACAGAUCCAAAUCUCACAUACUCUUUACUAUCUCUGCACCCCCCUCCCCCUCUUCCUUCUCACUCCCUAGACUCCGUCUGGCCUGCUGCUGGCUCACAGCCCUCUGUUGUCAGGCAUCCACUUCUGGAGCAGUCUUAGUCCCAUAGCCCCUCUGAGCCCUGCACGGCUGCAAGGCCAUGGAUCUCUGUUCCAGGUAAGCAAGACAAGGGAAGGAGGGAGGGAGAGAGGGAGGGAGGGGAGGCAGGGAGGGAGGGAGGGAGGGAGGGAGGGAGGGAGGGAGGGAGGGAGGGAGGGAGGGAGGGAAGGAAGCGAGGGAGAGAAGGAUGGAGAGAGAUAAAGGAAGGGAGAGAGCAGUCUGAGUCCCGUAGCUGCUCUGAGCGCUGCACGGCUGCAAGGACGCGGAUCAUUGUUCCAGGUAAGCAAGAGAAGGAGCGAGGGAGAGAGAGAGACGUUAGGUGAAAGAACAGAGAAGUGCUGAAUGGACUGUGUUUGUUUGUUUACUGAAGCUUGUUUGUUUACUCCUGAAGAUGGAUAGGCAAAGAGGAAGUUCUUAGAGAGAUGGUUCAAUUCUACUCAACUGUAAUAAUGAGCGAAGCACAGGGCAGGGGAACCCCACACUGUUCUUUUUCGUUCCUCUAUCUGUUAACAUUUUCCAUCCGGCAGUAUAAUGUAUGAAAAUGUGUCAGGUAGAAUAAAUGUUUGCAUUUCUCUCCAUGUCUCCAUUUCUCAAAACACUUGACUUGCCUGGUAAUAUUAAUACGUAAUUUUUUCCACAUCCCUCUUUAUCCAUUUGAUCUUAAGUACACUUACCUCUAAUUCUACAUUACAGGUCAUUUUAAGAUGUUCUAUAAUAGGGUACUUAGUGUGUGUAUAAAGUAGACAACCAGAUGAGAUAACAUGAGCAGUCUUUGUUACUGGCUGGGUUUGUUACAUUAGGAGAAGCUUUCUCGUCUCUCAGUCAGUAUACCUCAGUCCAGCGGUUCCGGAGGUGUCCAAUUUCAGCGCUCAGCAAAGGCAGAGAGGGAGAGGAUAUCCUGUGAAUACUUCCUGUUUGAGCCCAAGGGAGCCGAGGCAGACUGAACAGGGUGGACUGGUUUCUGAGAGGGCUGAUCCUGGUCUGCAUCCCAAAUGGAACCCUAUCCCCUAAAUAGUAUACUACUUUUGAACAGAGCCCUAUGGACCCUGGUCAAAAGUAGUGCAUUAUGUAGGGAAGUUUGCCAUUUGGGACACAGACCUGCUCCUCGUUUGUGCAGCUAGGCUGCUAGCUAGCCCCCUCCUCCGCUCCCUUCAACACACACACACAAACCUAAGUAGCCUUUUUUAUGUACAAUGCGCUCACUUCUCCCUCUAUACAGCCUGUUGUGGUGGUAGAAACGAUCAGAUGGGAGUGAGAAGGGAGGGAAAGGAGGAAGAGGCACAGUGCAUAGAACAACAGGAAACCGGGAAACUGGAGCAGUGACAACACUACAGUUCCUCUCGUGAUCGGAGCAUUGGCAGAGAGACCUGGCAAAGGCUUCUGUGAAGUGGAAACCUAGUGAAUUUGUUGGAAGGAAUAAAGCACUCGGGGGCAGUAUUAAAUGCAGUGUACAGGCCUCAUCCACAGUUUCUUCAUCCACAGUUCUGUUUGCCCAGCACUAGUUUUAGAAAGUUUGGGAUGUACAGUAUACUGACACUUCAGGAGCAUUGGCUGAACCUCCACCUCGCUUCCCCCUGCUCUCUCUCCACAGUUUCCCAGUCUAAUGAAUGGACACCUCCCGGUCCCCCUGCCAAACCUGGAUGGGUCCCCCUCCCACCUGCUCCUGUCCCCUGCCAAUCACAAGUCCUGAUUCAGACUCUCUACUUAGACCAUCUUCAUCAAGCAUCUCUUCUCAAGGACUAUAAUCAUCAUUAGUCUUUGUUUAAUGUUCAGGCAAACGUGCUUAUGAUUUGGGGUCUCAAAAACUCCCCAUCAGCCACCUGUAUAAGUAGUAGUAUUAUUAUAGUCUUCAUCGUUAGCCUUCAGUUUCUGUAAAAUGAUUUUACAAUGUAAAUACGCAAGAUUGACUCUACAUUACAUGGCUUGUUGACCUCACUUUUUAUUGCACUUAAGUUGGUUAAAAUUCCAGUUGCAUUGUUGAAAGCACUUGGUUAAAGCCAUACACCGUGAGGUCUGUGAGACCUCUGGCGUGUUAUAAUUAAGUACAUUUCCACAGCAGGACCCUGUCCAAAUGGACAGUAGUUAGGGUUAGCCCUGGGGUGGGCAAACCUUUUGGCUCAAGGGCCACUUUGAGUUUUUGAAAUCAAGUGAAGGGCCACAUACUAUAUGCGUGACAAAACAUGUGAAGCCUUUAUUCAUUUUCACAUUGACACGCAACUACUAGUGGACUGUAGGUGUACAUAUGCUUGCAGAACAAUUCUUCCCUUGUACCAUCUACACUUGUUUUUUGUGAACACAUUUUUCACAAAAUGUACAAUUUAUAACAUCACAGACACAGUCAAACACACACACAGAUCCUGCAUCUCUACCCUUGUAAAGUAAAAUCAAACUUACAGUCACAAUAUGCAAACUUAAAAAUAGAUAUAUAUUAUAU